AUGCCGUCCUCAUUGACCUCUAGCGCUGGCUCGGUCGAGUCGCACCACAGCCACAACACCUCUCUUCAAACUAAAGCCGACCCAAACAUGGCUCUACAUGAACAAGAGCCUACCGCUGUGAACCUCCAGCCCGGAUCUCAGGAUACGUUUUCACUUCGAAGCAUCCAGCACAAGGACCGGGAAGGAAAGAUCAUCACCGAUCCCGAUCUUUCCAACCCAACACGCAGCCGACUCGAGCGCCCGCUCGACACCAUCCGAUCGUUUGAUGCAGCAAUCGACGCACAUCGUAAACAGCAACGGAUGUGA